GGAGAUAAGACAACCGCAACCCAAAGCCCAAAACACUAUCAAUAAAAAAACCAACAGAGAAAAGCAUGCCCCCCACCCCACCCACCACCGCGCCGGCGCCGCCGCACAAUGCAACCUUAGAUGUUAGCCGCCGGACCCCAGCUGCCGGAUCCGGGCCAGCACGACCCGUCCGCGACGCCCCGGGUCCUGACCGUCGUGUCCCGCGUGCUCGAGAAGCUGGUCGCCCGGAACGACCAGCUCUCCGCCGGCGCCGCCGGCGGUAGGCUGAGUCCGUUCGACGGAGUUCGGCCGCCGGCAAUCAGCCUUGAGAAGUACGUGGAGAGGAUAUACAAGUACACGGGUUGCAGCCCGUCGUGCUUCGUGGUGGGGUUUGUGUACAUUGACCGGCUCCUUCACCGGUUCCCGGACUCGCCGGUGGCAUCACUCAACGUUCACCGGCUGCUCAUCACCGGCGUCAUGGUGGCCUCCAAGAUUCUUGAUGAUAUGCACUACAACAAUGCAUUUUACGCGCGAGUUGGAGGAAUAAGCAAUACUGAACUAAACAAGCUCGAGUUGGAGUUGCUUUUCCUUUUAGAUUUUGGAGUCUCGGUGAGCCCUCGGGUUUUCGAAAGCUAUUGUGAGCAUCUUGAGAAGCAAAUGUUGUUGUGUGGCUUAGAAAGGCCGGUAGCCAUAACCAAUGGAUCCCUCGACGAUGUUACUGAGAUAUCUAUAGAGGACAGUGCCCAAUCUUCCUCACCACCAAUAUUCCUGGUUGACUAGCUAAUUGAUUAAUUGUUGAGGUUGUACGUAACUAAAUGUUUGUAAUUGAUGUAUGUUUGUUAUACUUAUAUAGUCUUUUCUUGGCCAUGUGGUUUGUCACUCAAUGAAUAAUCAUUUUGUUGAUCUUGAAAAGUUUUGAUUUGCAUAAUGUAGUAUUUAGAUAUAUGAUUCAAAGUCAAGUUUCC